CGGGUUGGUUGGGCUUGUGUUUACAGCUCGGCUGGAUGCUGUUGGCUGCUGAUGUUAUUGGGAAAGUGCAAUGUUGUGCCAACCGCCAUUGGAAUAAACACAACCGUGGGAAUAAAGGUGAUUUUGCUCAUCAUCUCCCACCGCUCUCUCCUCCCGUCUUCCAUUCAUGAGCAGCGUGGCUGAGUUUAACAGCGGCAGCCAUGGAUGACAAGGGCUCGGUGGGGAAGAUUAGCGUGUCCUCGGACUCAGUGUCCACUCUCAACAGUGAGGACUUUGUCCUUGUGUCCCGGCUGGGGGACGAGACACCCUCCUCCACUAAUAAUGGUAGUGAUGACGAAAAGACAGGACUGAAGGUGAUUUCUGAGGAAGGGGUCAGCUUUAAGAUUGUGGGGAAUGGAAGUGAGCAGCAGCUCCAGAGGGAGUUAGAGGAUGUCCUCAUGGACCCAUCAGUAGCUGACACCGGGCUCAGAUCAGAAGCAGGAAUGGACAGCCUCGGUGGGGGAGACCACGGCCCACUUCCCACUACAGCGUCACCUGUACCGCCAGGCGCUGACCCUCUGAGCGCAGUGCCACCACCCAAGUUGGAGAUGGUGCUUCCUGUUCAGACGGCUCAGGAGAGUGAGCUGAAUGAGAGGUCGUACAGAGCAGACGAAUCAUCAUCAGAUGGUAGUCCUAGCAGUCCCAUCCCAGAUGAGGACAGUGUUGUGUUCAGCCAGCUGACAUAUCUGGGGUGUGCCUCUGUCAACGCCCCCCGCAGUGAGGUAGAGGCCCUCCGUAUGAUGAGUAUCCUCAGAGGGCAGUGCCAAGUCCCUCUGGAUGUCACACUGUCCGUGCCAGGCGUGUCUGAGGGCACUGUCAGGUUGCUGGACCCCAACGCCAGUACAGAGAUCGCCAACUACCCUAUCUACAAGAUUCUGUUCUGUGUGCGAGGCCAUGAUGGCACACCAGAGAGCGACUGCUUUGCCUUCACUGAGAGCCACUUCAAUGCUGAGAUCUUCAGGAUCCAUGUGUUCCGCUGCCAAAUCCAAGAAGCGGUGAGUAGGAUACUGUACAGCUUCGCCACAGCGUUUCGGCGGUCAGCUAAGAAGGCAAUACUGUCUUCUCAGCAGCCUGCUCCGCUCACCCCUGACAGUGACUUGUUUACCUUCACCGUCAGCCUGGAAAUCAAGGAGGAUGAUGGCAAGGGUACUUUCAGUGCUGUGGCAAAAGACAAGGACAAGCAGAGCUUCAAGCUUCGCGCAGGAAUGGACAAGAAAAUUGUCAUCUAUGUCCAGCAGACCUCCAAUAAGGAACUGGCUAUCGAGAGGUGUUUUGGUCUCCUGCUCAGCCCGGGGAAAAAUGUGAAGAACAGCGACAUGCACCUGCUAGAUCUGGAGUCAAUGGGAAAGAGCUCCGACGGGAAGUCUUACAUCAUCACAGGAAGUUGGAACCCCAACACGCCUCAGUUCCAGGCUGUAAAUGAGGAAACGCCCAAAGAUAAAUUCAUGUACAUGACGACGGCAGUUGACUUGGUGAUCACAGAGGUGGAGGAGCCGGUCCGUUUUCUGCUGGAGACGAGGGUCAGGGUCUGCUCCCCAAAUGACAGGCUGUUCUGGCCCUUCAGCAAGCGUAACUACACUGAAACCUUCUACCUUAAACUACGACAGAUGGAGCGUAAGGAGCGUAAGAGUCCAGCCUCUGACACACUUUAUGAGGUGGUGAGUUUGGAAAGUGAGACAGAGAGGGAGAAACGAAAGACAACAGCCAGUCCCGGCAUCCUGCCCACAGGGGCUGGUACCACCGUCCCCUCACCGCCUGAGGAUGAUGAAGAAGAAGAUAAUGACGAGCCGUUACUCAGCGGGUCAGGUGAUGUUUCCAAGGAGUGUGCGGAGAAGAUCCUGGAGACCUGGGGGGACUUGUUAUCCAAGUGGCAUUUGAACUUAUCGGUGCGACCCCGGCAGCUGCCCGCUUUGGUGCGGAGUGGUAUUCCCGAGGCUCUCCGCGGGGAGGUGUGGCAGCUCCUGGCAGGCUGCCAUAACAAUGACCACCAGGUAGAAGAGUACCGCACUCUGAUUACAAAGGAGUCCCCUCAGGACAGUGCCAUCACCAGGGACAUUAACAGGACAUUCCCAGCUCAUGACUACUUCAAAGACACUGGAGGAGAUGGACAAGACUCCCUCUACAAGAUCUGCAAGGCUUACUCUGUUUAUGACGAGGAGAUUGGCUACUGCCAGGGACAAUCCUUCUUGGCUGCUGUGCUGCUGCUGCACAUGCCGGAGGAGCAAGCUUUCAGCGUGCUGGUCAAGAUCAUGUUUGAUUACGGGCUCAGGGACCUUUUCAAGCAGAACUUUGAAGAUCUGCACUGCAAAUUCUUCCAACUUGAGAGACUCAUGCAGGAAUAUAUACCAGACCUGUACACCCAUUUCCUGAAUGUGGGUCUGGAGGCACACAUGUACGCCUCCCAGUGGUUCCUCACCCUCUUCACAGCCAAGUUCCCUCUUUACAUGGUCUUCCAUAUCAUUGACCUGCUACUGUGUGAGGGCAUCAGUGUGAUUUUCAACGUGGCCUUGGCACUCCUGAAGACAUCAAAAGACGAUCUGAUCCAAACAGACUUCGAGGGUGCACUCAAGUUCUUUCGUGUCCCAGUUCCAAAGAGGUAUCGCUCUGAGGAAAACGCAAAGAAACUGAUGGAGCUGGCCUGCAGCAUGAAGAUCAGCCAGAAGAAGCUUAAGAAAUUUGAGAAGGAGUACCACACUAUGAGGGAGCAGCAGGAGCAACAGGAGGCUCCAAUCGAGAGAUACGAGCGGGAGAACCGUCGUUUGCAGGAGGCGAACAUGCGUUUGGAGCAGGAGAAUGAUGACCUGGCACACGAGCUUGUCAGCAGCAAGAUAGCCCUGCGCAAAGACCUCGACAACGCUGAGGAGAAGGCAGAUGCCCUGAAUAAAGAGUUGCUGCUGACCAAACAGAAACUGGUGGACUCUGAGGACGAAAAGAGACGACUGGAGGAAGAAUCUGCACAGCUGAAGGAGAUGUGCAGGCGAGAGCUCGAUAAGUCUGAAUCAGAGAUAAAGAAGAACGGCUCCAUUAUCGGAGAGUACAAGCAGAUCUGCUCUCAGCUGAGUGAACGACUGGAGAAACAACAGACAGCCAACCGAGGAGAACUGGAGAAAAUCCGGUCCAAAGUGGAAGGCUGUGAGAAGUGCAGUAGUCUCUUUAACAAAGAAGGUCGAGUGCGGGCCGCUGUGACCACAGCAUCUGCUGGGGGGACUGAGGAGACAGAUGAGGAGAAGGAGGGACUGAAGAACCAGCUGAGAGAGAUGGAGCUGGAACUAGCCCAGACCAAACUGCAGCUGGUGGAAGCUGAGUGCAAGAUCCAGGACCUGGAGCACCAUCUGGGUCUGGCCCUCAACGAAGUGCAGGCUGCCAAGAAGACCUGGUUCAACCGAACGCUCAGCUCUAUCAAGACCGUCACUGGGACCCAGGGCAAGGAGACCACCUAACCUGAUAACACCAUCAUCCGGUUUUACCCAGACCAUGUCUGGAGCUCAGUGCUACUCACCACGUUGAAACCUCUGGGCGCCUAACUUAACCCACCGGGCCAUAACUUGAACACUGACCGUUAAAUCCCAGGAUGACCAUUACUACAGACUAUGUUACUUGUUCCUCUAAUCAAGAAUGUCCUCAUGUUUCCCUGUUCCCACCAACCCCGAUCUAAUUACCCCCAUCCAUUUAUUCUCCUCUUCACCCCGAAUGACUACAGCCAAGCGUGCUGAUGAGAAGGGGUUGACAAAUGUAAGAUGAAGUACAACGGUACCACUUUCCCCCAGAGACACAAUGUGCUUCCACCGGUCACAGAAAAAAAAAGCAUUAAAAAAAAAGAAAUGCUUCAUUAAUUUCUGUCUUUGUACUGCUGAUAUUAAAGACCCGCAGAGGGAAGGUAGGACAUCUGAACUGCUGCUGUCCUGACGGGAUAGAGAAGAAAACACUCCGUCCUUCCUGACUGCUCUGCGUGCUCCCCUCUAAACUACUGGCACAAACCAACCAGUCCCUGUAAAACUUUUGUUUUAGGUACGAGAGCUAAUAGACGCCUUUUCAAAACUGAGCUUUUUCUAAUUUACGUUGAACAAUACAUUUCUUUUUCUAUGUAUGUACAUGAAUGUGCUUAUGUAAUGAGCAUAUGUGUGUGUGUGAGGAUGCAUGUUUUUUUUUGUUUUGUGUUGACUGUGAGGUGUAUGUGUUCAUGUGUGUGAGACUGAAAAAAAUGUGUUUGAAUGCUUAAAUAAUUGACUGAAAUAAGAUGUGUGUAUAAUAGAAAGAGCGAGACAGCGUGUGGAAGUCCAAGGGAAGGAUAAAGCACUAAGGUUAUGAGUGUGUGCAUGCAUGUAAGAGGGGAAAAAAUUCCCCGGUUGUCUAGUUUCCUUUAAUGUUUAAAUGUGUAUAUGAAUGAUGCUAAAGAAAAGUUUGCUGACAAAGCCUUGAUCUGAAGGUCGAUAAAGAUGAUACUAGUGGAUAUGAAUAUAUAAUUUACAGCAAGGACAGAAGCAUUAAAGCUGUUGUGAUCACCGACAGCAACAUAACUUUCCUCACAUCCAAUUUCAGACUUAAAUCAUGCCUGAGGUUUGUUUGGUUUGGAUGUCCCAGCACAAAGAAACUAAAAAUGCUCCAAAUCAUGCAAACCUCUGCAUGUGCUAUACAGUAUGUGUAUGUAUGUUACAACACUGUUAAACCCCAGAGUGGUGCGAUGCUUGUUACAAACCAUAAACAUCACUUAGGGGAAGUGUAAAGUCAAAUGAAAACCGCACACAAAUGCACAGACGUCGUAAUUCCUGCUGCACUUUAACACAUCUUUAAACCCCCGUCCAAACUCUGCGGCGCCAACUGAUCUGUGACCUUUGACUGUGACUGGCAGGGUCAUGGUUGAUAAUUUGUUGAGCAGGGUGGCCGGCAUUUUCAACACUCAGUGGCCACUUUAUUAGGGAUCCCUGCUUGUUAAAGUGGUCAUACAGUCCUCCAAACAUGCAGACAAGGCAAGAAAGGGCAAGAUGUUGGAUCUGAGUGAUAGUGUGGUUAUUGGUGCUCGUUGAUGACGCAGGAUGUAGGGGAAAACAGAAGCAAUGCAGUCAGCAGCAAAGACAAAAAGCACGCCUCAUCUGUGAGAGAAGAUGUUUAAAACUAACAGGAAGGCCACAAGGACAGAGAUAAGUUCAGUGUCUGCACGACUUGUUGAAUGUUGGCUGUCUUUCCUGUCCCCUGCCGACAGCUAAGACCAAGAAGAUGAGGCAACAGACGGUGAUUGAUGAUUGGAAAAUGCUACAUGAUGCAGCAAAUGAUGUGAGAGUCAGACUUGGCAUGAAAAGCAUGUACACAGUGUUAAGUCAAAGGUAGACUGUGCUGUAAUGAUGAGGAGAGUGUUUUCUUGGCUCCUGCGACGGGGUUCCUUAAUGCCACAGUGUCCAAGAGCAUUGUUACUGUCCAGAUGCAUCUCCUCUUGGCUGUGUGACAAAGCAUCAUCUUGAGAUAGAUCCAGCAACAUGAGAGAAGCGCACCUCUGGGAUAAGGUGGAACAGGAUAACCGCAACAGGAUAACCGCGGCACAAGCAUCUUGUGGCUUCCAAAAAAUCUGCAGGAAUUGAUCGACUUUAUCGAACCGGUGUGGAGCAAAAUCCCUGUGAAACAGUUUCAUGAAUUCAAGCCUCAAAGAAUUCAAUGAGUUGAGGAGGCGAAAGCAGAUGUUACCCAGUGCUGAGAGGGUUGAAAUAUUGAAGUGGUUAUUGAGUGUGUACACUCACACUGUUGUGAAUGUGGAGGCAGGAAAGUCACACACAUAAAUAUAUACACACACACAGUCAACUGCCAGAAGUGAAACUCUGCACUUACAGCGUGGAUCAGUAUCACAGCAGUUACACUGUCAGAUGCAGGACUGCAGACGUCAUCAGAGGUCAAAGCAGAGGCCAAACUGACUCUAAAUCAGUCCAGAGGGGACGGGGGGUUUAAAAAGUGCUUGGUUGUGUAUGUGUGUUUUCAUAUUUAGCUGACUAGAAAGAUUGUUCAACAAUAUUCCAAUUUCUAUUCAUACUACUGAUCAUAUUAGACUGCAGAAAGCUUAUUUCUUUCGCCAGCCUAACAUGAACAGUUAAAGUAAAUUGCAUCUAACUUGAAGGGUGGAAUUUGAUAGGCUGAAAUCUAUUGGUGAUGUCAGAGGAAAGGUCGAGAUGAAGUAAAGGGCCGUUCCUCUAAAGGCACUGGGUUGUACAUAACAGCAUUAAAAAAUGAAUAUUGAGUUUUUGUUUAUGAUUUUCUACUCUGUAACUUUAACUAAUGUUGCCUACUUGUACCUACCAACCUGCUGCCACGCUACAGUUUAAUCCACAACGAUGUUUUAUGUUUAUUUUGCUCCAGGCUUCUCAGUCAGACUGCUGUUUGGUUAAAUAAAUGCCAAAACGUAGCUUUAUCAUCCAACAACAAAAACAUUAUCAAAGUGUGGAAAUUGUAAUAGUGUAGGAUGCAUUGUGUAUACUUCAUGAAUUUCAAUAUAAAGAUAUCAACACAAAA